UAUCUUCUCUUUCUCUUUAGAUUAACAUUACACUCUCAUUAUGAAUCAUCCAUUACAUUUUCUCCUUAUAAAUGAAAGCAUAGUUUAACCCCAAGCCAUUCUUUCUCUCCAAGAAAAAGACCAUGGAUUGGUCGACGUUUGGCAUCAAACAGACCAACUCAUCGCGUUGGGGCCGUGUGCACGGCCCGUUCAUGAUGGAGGAGCUAGUGUGCCAAAACCAAAACAUGAUGAUCUCAAAAGGCAUUUUCAAGAACAGUAACCCUCUCAAAUACGCAACGCCACUUCUCUUUCUUCAAAUGUCUGUCAUCAUCAUCACCUCUAGGCUUAUCUUCCGCUUCCUUCAACCUCUUAAACAAGGAAUGAUCUCUGCUCAAGUCUUGGCAGGUAUUGUUCUUGGACCGUCUUUCUUAGGACAUAACAAGGCAUACAUGGACAUGUUCAUCCCCGCUGGAGGCAAGAUCACAAUCCAAACGCUAUCAAACGUCGGUUUCAUCAUCCAUCUCUUCAUCCUCGGACUCAAAAUAGAUGCGAGUAUUAUCAAAAAAGCAAGUUCUAAAGCCAUACUCAUCGGUACAGCCUCUUACGCCUUCCCGUUCUCACUCGGACACCUCACGGUCUUCUUCAUUAAUACUACCGUAGGACUUCACAGAGACGUGUUUCACUGCGCAAGCACGGUGAUCUUCUUGUGCUCCAUGACAUCCUUCCCCGUAACAACCACGGUCUUAGCCGAGCUCAACAUCCUCAACUCAGAGCUAGGACGGUUAGCCACCAACUGCUCAAUGGUCUGCGAAGCUUGUAGCUGGUUCGUGGCUUUAGCGUUUAAUCUCUACACGCGAGAGCGAACCAUGAAAGGCGUUUGGGGGAUUGUGAUGAUCGCAGGCCUUAUUGGGAUCGUUGGAGGAAUCUUUAGACCUCUGAUCAUAUACCUCACCGAGAGGAAAAGCAAGUCGAUGAACAACAAAGACCUUGUCCCGUUCUUCCCUGUCCUCUUGGUCUUGGCUAUAGCUAGUAUUAGUGCAGAAGCCAUGGGGUUACACGCUGCGUUUGGAGCGUUUUGGCUAGGCGUUUCGCUCCCUGACGGUCCGCCUUUGGGGACAGAGCUUGCUACGAAGCUUGAGCUGAUUGCUUCGAAUAUGCUUCUUCCGUGUUUCAUAGCCAUUAGUGGGUUACAGACUAAUUUCUUUGAGAUCACGAAGAGCCAUGAGAGCCAUGUGGUGUUGAUUGAAGUCAUUCUCUUGGUCACUUACGGCUGCAAGUUCCUUGGUACAGCGGCUGCGUCUGCUUACUGCCAAACGCAGAUUGGAGACGCGCUUUGUUUGGCGUUCUUGAUGUGUUGCCAAGGUAUCAUCGAAGUUUACGCUACUGUCGUGAUGAAAGACGCUCAGGUUGUUGAUACAGAAUGCUUUAAUCUAGUGAUAGUAACGCUUUUACUUGUAACCGGAAUUUCGCGGUACCUCGUUGUGUACCUCUACGAUCCAUCGAAACGCUACAAAUGCAGAAGCAAACGAACGAUCCUCAACACGAGGGAACGCAAUCUUCAGCUCCGUCUUCUUCUUUGCAUGUACAACGUCGAAAAUGUUCCUUCUAUGGUGAACCUUUUAGAAGCUACGUACCCGACAAGAUUUAACCCCAUCUCAUUCUUCACACUUCACCUUGUGGAGCUUAAAGGCCGAUCUCACGCAGUCCUCACGCCGCACCACCAUAUGAACAAACUUGACCCAAACACGGCCCAGUCCACGCUUAUUGUCAAUGCCUUCCAACGUUUUGAGCAAAAGUUUCAGGGUACUCUCAUGGCGCAACAUUUCUCCGCAGCCGCGCCUUUCUCGAGUAUAAACAACGACGUAUGCACGCUCGCGCUUGACAAGAAGGCGACACUAAUCGUGAUUCCGUUCCAUAAGCAAUACGCGAUCGACGGGAGGGUCGGACAAGUCAACGGGCCGAUCAGGAAUAUUAACCUUAACGUCCUGGACGCGGCACCAUGUUCGGUCGCAAUAUUCAUAGACCGAGGUGAGUGCAAGGGACGACGCUCCGUCUUGAUGACCAAUACGUGGCAAAACGUGGCGGUGCUCUUCAUCGGAGGCCGGGACGACGCGGAGGCGCUCGCACUAUGUAUGAGGAUGGCUGAAAAUCCUGAGCUUAGAGUCACAAUGAUACAUUUCCGUCACAAAAGCUCCCUUCAGCACGAGGAUUACAGCGAGAUGGCUGAGUAUAAUCUAAUAAACGAUUUCAAGAGCCAUGCAGCAGCGAAUAAAGGGAAAGUGCAUUACAUUGAGGAGAUAGUGAAAGAUGGUGUGGAGACCACGCAGGCGAUUAGCGCACUUGGAGAUGCUUAUGACAUGGUUUUUGUGGGCCGAGACCAUGACCUAAAGUCUUCGGUCUUGUACGGACUUACGGAUUGGAGUGAGUGCCCAGAGUUAGGUGUGAUUGGAGAUAUGUUGACGUCGCCUGAUUUUCAUUUCUCGGUACUAAUUGUUCAUCAGCAGCAAGGGGAUAUUGCACUGGCCAUGGACGACGAUACUUAUAAAUUGCCUGUCGAGCAUCAAAAGAUUGGAGAUACACGAAUACAACCACGCUUCUCCGCUGAAGAAGGUUUCACUACCAUUGAUCUCGAUAAAAGUUAGAGUAAUCAAGUGACUUAAUCUUGAUUUAAUAACAAUUAUUUUUAAUCAUAUAUAAGUCCAUAGCUAUAGGUAUUUAUAUC